UUCAACGAUAUCUUACUGAAAACUGCUGAUGAACAAAGGGUGGGUUAUAUCAGAUGCUUCUCAUCUUCAUGUUUUGCGUGGCGCUGUAUUAAUCGGUAAUAUUUGAUCGACACACCAGUGACCCGAAUUUGGUGUCAUUUGGCUAGUAUCUGUUGAAUGAUGUCCUGGUUUAGGUCUCGAAUAGAAUCUACAUUCUAACUGCUGCCUUAGUUAUAUGGGUAAUUGGAUAUGAUACGUAUGACGGGUGUCACAUCCUUGGGUAAUGUCCUGUUGCUUCCAAUUAAGAUUCUAGAGGCUCAUUUUGAUGUUAAUAUUUGAAGUUGUUAACAACCGGCAGGUUUCUCGUGAUGCCGAGACCGGGAUCAGUCGAGGAUGUGGUUUUGUUACGAUGCGUUCGCUUGCAGAAGCUAGAACAGCCAUCAAUGCUCUCGAUGGAUUUGACCUGGAUGGCCGCGAGAUGUUUGUAAAACUAGCGGCUCACGUCGUUGCUAGUAGAAGAAAUCCCGGCGGCCUGUCCCAUACACCACCCAUGAAGGACCAUAUAUUUGAAAGUCGAUACAAGAUCUAUGUUGGCAACCUUGCAUGGUCUGUUCAACCUCAACACUUGAGGGAACACUUUACUAAGUGUGGAACUGUUGUUAGUACAAGACUGCUGACAGAUCGCAAAGGAGGGAGAAGUCGUGUAUAUGGAUUCCUUUCGUUUUCUUCAGCCGAAGAGCUUGAGGCUGCUCUGCAGCUUAACAAUACGGAAUUUCAUGGACGGGAUAUCAUUGUCAGAGAAGCUCAUGUAAAAUCGCCAGAUACGCUAAGCCAAACCCUUGAGAGUUAGACAUGAAAGCUACCGUAUUUAUUUUUGUCUGGCUUAUUUGCCAAUUGAGUUCAUUGUUCAGGCACAGUCUGCGCAAGCGCAACUAAGUAGCUAACAUCUUCUGUAAGUACGGAGUAAUGGAGUGUGAUGUACCAUUGCAAUUUUGCCGGAACACAAUCAUUGACAUGAAUCGACUGACUGGGUUGAACCA